AUGUGCUGCCGUGCCCUGCUAUUCCUGUGCACCUUCGCCGCCCUGGCCUCAGCAGCCACCGAUGGGGAGCUCCGGCAGGCAGUGGUUGACGGUGACCAAGAUACAGUCCAGGAGCUGAUCGCCUCGGGACGGGUGAAUGUGAGCGACGUUCGGGGUGAGGAUGAGGAGACAUUAUUACACAACGCUUCAAGCGACGGCCAUGCGAGAAUUGUGGAACUGCUGCUGGCAGCUUGGCCCGAUGGGGUCCAGGCAGUUGACAGGAGGGGCCACACGCCCUUGCAUAUUGCAACUCGUCGGGGCCGUUCGAAAAUAGCAGAGCUGCUGUUGGCAGCUUGGCCUGAUGGGGUCCAGGCCGUUAGCAAGUGGGGCCGGACGCCCUUGCAUUUAGCAGCUGAGGGGUGGGGCCUUUCGAAAAUAGCGGAGCUGCUGUUGGCAGCUUGGCCAGACGGUACGAAGGCCGUGGACGACAGUGGCAGGACUCCCUUGCAUUUGGCAGUUGCCUCGGGCCAGAUGAGCAGUGCAGAGCUGCUGCUGGCAGCUUGGCCAGACGGAGCCCAGGCCACCGACAAGGCAGGCCGCAACCCCUUCACUUUUCUGGAAAGUGCCCAAGAAGCCUACUGCGACCCGCUGAUCUAUGUAGGAUGUAACGGCACCUCCGCAAUGCAUGACCACCGUCUCCGGGAAGCUGCGGUGCACUUGGAAUGUUGGGAUCCAUUCCAACUGUCGAAACCGUCGUUGGAGCUUUGGCUCCAAUGCGGCGGUGAUGCUCGCUGGCGACGCGCUAAACCUCUGGUGGACAUGCUCGAGAGACAAGAUGCUCAAACUUUUCUCAACGCUGAAUUCCUCGCAUUGACCUUGAAAGACUGGAGGACAUGGCUCAUCCCCGUUAUUGCUAGUACAGUUGCAGGUGCUGAAGUUCUUCUCGAGCAGCGACUCCAAUCUUUCAGGUGGCGGCAACGAGAGCAACGGGCUGAGAAUGGCGAGGAAUUCUUGGAAGGUGCAACGAUGUUGGUGGCACGGGCUUGUGGUGGGAGCUGGCUGAUGCUCCGAAAGCUGUGGCGGUGGAUCGAGGCCGUGGUCGCAGUUUUUCUUUUCGGAUGGAGCUUGCUCUGGAUGAACCCACAAUGGUGGGUGCCACUGGUCACUUUGGCCCAUUUCCUCCCUGCGGCAUGCCUCCAUGGACCGAAGGAGAUUCUCCGCGUGCCGGUGCGUGCACUGGUGACUACCGAUCUAUCCAGCUUUGCGAUUGCCUUCACACGCACGGCCAUUUUGAUGCAAAUAAUGUUGUUCAGACUGACGACGACUGAAUCAGUGCUCGCCAACCCGCUGGCGUUGGAUUGGAACGAAUACAUUUGGCCUGAUUUGAAAGACAGCUUGCUGUCGGACCACUUUUUGUUUCGGUGGUGCCCUGAAGUCACUGGAGGUGAUAUUUUGAAUUUGUUGAUAAAUGUCGCCAAUAUCAGUGUGGGCCCGUACAUGUUAUGCCUGCUCGGUGCGAUACUUUUCCACUGCGCGAAGUAUGCACACUGCUUUCCUGUGCGCAUGGAGUGUCAGAGGUAUACUGGACCUUCAAGGUCCGAGCAACUGACGAUGUCCAACAAUCUCUUGCUGAAGGAAAAGGCAGAGUUCAACCCAGCGCAUCUGGAUCAUCCGAGAAUCAAAGUCCAGCCAGUUUCCGCCUUGGCCUGGCCCUGGCAAGCGCCGGGGCUUUACCAGAGCGUGGCCCUGAUGCUGCUGGAUGUUGGCCUAGAUGCAAACACCAUAGGCAUUUUCCUUUUCUCCCAGGACUAUUUCUUCGCACUCGUCAUGAGUUUCGUGGUGACUCGCAGCUGCUUCAAGCAGAUGUGCCUCAUCCCACCAUGGCGGCUCCGAGCGAUGAAGGCCAGUGUGCGCCGUGGAAUCUUGCGCCAAGAUGUCCUGGACUUUCUUGAAGAAGAAAAACGCUCAGAAGCUUUCUUCUGCGCUUGCAUCACGGCCUACUCGGCUUGGUUUAAUUCCCGAACAGCAGGUCAGCUGUUGCUGCAGUUCUUGAGCGCCUUCCUGAGCAUGUACAUGUUUGCGGGCUACGUCGUGCAGUCAGUCGACAUGGCACUGCCGACACAGCCCGAGGGUACUCAUGCAGACUUCGCGAAUGACCUGGUGCAAGUAGUGGGACAUCCGACCUUGGCCCAGGAGGUGGAUGAGACAUCGCUCUGUGUCAUCCCGGAGUCAAAGGCACCAGGCCCCUCAAGCCAGGCCCAAGAGUCUGCGGGGCCCGAGAAAGUGGCAGAGGUUGCGGAGGCAGACACAGCAUUGGCGAAGGACCCUGCAACACGCUGCACCAUUCCAAGCGAGCGAUGCUCAGCUUGGGACUUUACCGCUUUUGGAGCAGAGAACAACAAGAAGGUCAAGCGGCCGACGGUGCGCGCCGCCUCCGGGUCGAAGGACGUGAUGCCCAUGGCAGAACCUGAGCAGAAGGAGGAGAAGUGUCAGGAAGAUGACGCGGUUGAUGUGAAACUGCCCGGUUUCCCAACGGAUGCCUCUGGGUCACACCGGCCAGCGACGAUCGAGAAGGACUUGAGUCCGAAGGACGACAAAGCCAAGAAACAGAAAAUGAAGAAGAAGCGUUUGAAGCAGGAAGUAGCAACGGAGAAAGCCCCGAAGAGCAGCAAGGCGCCUCUUCAGAACAUGUGUCAAUGA